AUAUCCUUCUACUUAAUGCCGGACCACUACCUGAUGGCCACAGUCUUCUACGUGACGUCAGCCCUAUUGGACGCCUUCGACGGUAUGGCCGCACGAAGACUCAAUCAGUCGACCAAAUUCGGGGCACUUCUCGACCAACUGACCGACCGGUGCGCCACUAUGUGUCUCAUUAUGACGAGUCUAAUGCUGGGGAAGACGAGUCAUAAGGCGUUUGACUUGAAUGAGAAUCCGGUGAUGAGAUUGUACUACACUUCCCGACCCGUCCUCUUCUUCAUGUGCGCCGGAAAUGAGAUGUUUUACUCGUCUCUCUAUUUCCUACACUUCACGAGUGGACCACUGAUUCCCGUUCUCAACAUUCAUUUGAUUCCACUGUUGGUGUGGGUGUCGGCGCCCGUGGCUCUGGUCAAGGCUGGCAUCAGUGUUCUUCACGGAUACAUAUCUGCCAUCAAUCUGUCGAUCAUUGAUCUGAGCGAAAGACAAGCGACGGCACAACUGAGCGCCAAAACAGACUAAUCACACAGUUUUUGGUUUAAAAUGUAUUUUUCUAUUUAUUUUGUGCCAAAGAGUUCAAUACAUUUGGUUUGCAGUCAAAUUGGUUUCUAAACUAUAAUUUAUAAUAUAAUUAUAUUUUUGUUCAGUUGAGCCCAAGUUUUUUUGGCAAUUUAUGGAUAGUCUUAACAAAAAAAGUCACUUCAC